AUGCGCGUUGCGCGGCGCACGCGGACAGUCUCUCGAGUCGCCAGAGGUGCUGGUCUCGGGGUCCCUGAACUGCGGGCGGCCCGGGCUUCCUCGGCCAUGGCCCCUCCGCCAGCGCUCAGGUUCCCCCCGAUGUCGCCAGCACCACCGCUCCUGCUGCUGCUGCUGCUGCUGAGCUUGGCGCUGUUAGGCACCCUCCGCGCCGAGCCCGCCACCGGCAGUGCUGUCCCUGCACAGAGCCGCCCGUGCGUUGACUGUCACGCGUUCGAGUUCAUGCAGCGAGCCCUGCAGGACCUGCGGAAGACGGCCUACAGCCUGGACGCGCGGACAGAGACCCUCCUGCUACAGGCUGAGCGCCGGGCCCUGUGUGCCUGUUGGCCAACUGGGCGCUGAGGACCCUCACCAGCACUGCCCCCUGUCAAUAAAUGCC